AUGAGAGUUGAAAAAUUGCAUGUCCUUGGUAUAGCAACUCGAUGGUACUUCAGGGAAAUUCGAGUAGGACCCGACACAUUCGGAGCAUUUCGACAGGCUGGUCUAAGAAACAGACAAAUACAGCUUCGCCUUCGCCCUGCCAUGUUCAGGGAACAUAUUGCCGAAGCAACCAAGUGCACGUUUCAAAUGAAAGUACGAGAUCGACAGACAGGAGAAGAGUUAUUGUCACCUGAGCCAUGUACCGUUGUUCCGGCUGUCAAUGAACGAUCUCAAGGGUUCAAAGUCCCCCAUACGUCAGCAAUCGGUUCAACCCUGAUACAGCUCUACCAAGUUACUUCUUUCGCAGGGCGAGUAUGUGAAAUCACUACAACGAUGUCGAUUUCUCCUGCUCAGUUCAUUAUCUCCGAAUGGGAAAUGAUGGCACCUCCCAUGCCACUCCACCUGGACUGGCGGUUUCGCCUGCUCGAUGACAAGUCCUGCCACAACUUCCUGAUAGUAUGCCGUGACGGGCAAAUGUUCACAUCCAAAGAAGCGCUCUACCUCUGCUCUCCCUACUUCCGUGAAUUCUUCAAUGGGGCCGGCCGAGAGGCUGACAAAGUAGAAUUCGUCGACUCGGCAAUCGAUGCUGCCAGAACAGUGGUAACCUACAUGGUGACUUCAACGUUCGCAGCUCCUCAGGAUGUGUCACCGGUCAUUGUCAAAGACAUCUAUAAUCUCGCUAAUAGCAGCCUGAUGGUGGCAGUCGAACGACUCGGCUAUUUGAAUGUGAUCGAGCACUACGAAAAGAUGGACGUGCUGCUCGAGUGGUUUCUGACGGCUCAUGAGUGCCAUAUGAACAAAUUACAGAACGCAGCCGUAGCCUAUCUGACCAUCUACCAUCAGAAGGAAUAUCUCGCCGAGUAUGGCGACGGCGAAGUGCCAAAGCCUAGCCCAGCUGCGGAACGUCUCAAUCGUGGACAUGGAGGGUUUCGAACGACACCUCAUCAACGGGUUCUGAAUGCUCAGUUCAGCGUCAGCAGCGUACGAGGAAUAGAAAAGGUGGAAGUGUGA